AUGGCUCCCGCACAGAAAGGAGGCGAGAAGAAGAAGGGCUGUUCUGGCAGCAACGAGGUCAUGACCAGAAAGUACACCAUCAACAUCCAUAAGGACAUGCAUGGCGUAGGCUUCCAGAAACGUGCUCCUCGGGCAGCCAAAGAGAUCCGGAAACUUGCCAUGACAGAGAUGGGAACUCCAGAUGUGCACGUGGACACCAGGCUCAACAAAGCCGUCUGGGCCAAAGGAAUAAGGAAUGUCCCUCGCCGUACCCGGGCGCAGUUGUCCAGAAAACAAAAUGAGGAUGAAGAUUCAGCAAACAAGCUCUGUACGUUGGUCACCUGCGUACCUGUCACCACUUUCAAAAAUCUACAAACAGUUAAUGUGGACAAGAAUUAA